UAAAAGGAUGGAGCCCAUCUCACUGGCACCUGAGUCUUCCCCAGGAAGGUGGUACGAGUUUUUCCCGCAGCCAUGAAGUUCCUUCUUCUGCUCGCUCUGUUGCCCUUCAUCGAUGCGUGCCCGCGCAUCGUGUCGCGCUCAGGGUGGGGGGCCCGCUCCCCCAACGGCAUCACCUACAUGACGGUGCCCGUGUAUUACUUCAUCAUCCACCACACCGCCACCCCGACCUGCUCCGACGAGGCCGCGUGCUCGGCGCGCGUGCGCAGCAUCCAGAACUACCACAUGGACUCGAACGGGUGGUCCGACAUUGGAUACAGUUUCCUGGUGGGAGGCGAUGGUAAUGUGUACGAGGGUCGCGGCUGGGACCGCCAGGGCGCGCACACGAGUGGCUACAACACCCACCUGGCGGCCAGCUUCAUCGGAGACUUCACCUCCUCCAAGCCCGUGGCGUCGGCCAUCACAGCGGCCAAGGCGCUGAUCACCUGCGCCAUCAACAAGGGCAAGCUGAAGAGCAGCUACCGCCUCAUCGGGCACCGUCAAGUGGGCUCCACCAGCUGCCCCGGGGACGCCCUCUACAACGAAAUCAAGACGUGGACCAACUGGGGCAACCCCUAAACAACUCCACCACGCCUGCCCUGCCUGCAGGACACAGCUACGACAGAGUCUCCCACCGGCAUUCUUCAUCCAUCAACGCACCCCUACACGUCACCUUACCCACUGCUAAGCAACGGCCUCUCGCUCUCCCCAACCCGCUCUCCUCCCACCUUCCCGAAGCUAGCUUACCUAUUUAGCGGAUACAUUUGUAGCUGCCGACCGCCAACACUUGGCAAGCCUGCCGGCUGGAGCGACUGUCAAACCAUUUACCGCACAAUCCCAGAGCGGGAGCGCUCUUCCAGAGCUCCCUCGAGUGGACCCCCCACCCCUUCUCGCAGCAGUGGCACGAGCAAGCACUUCCAGGGCUGCGCCUUUACCUCAAACUAUAUAUUCCUCCCCACCCCCUCCCCCCCGUAAAACACUAAAUUGCAUCAACGUAUUUGUGUUGCUCAAAUGACGAUCGCAAUAAAAACCAAAACUGCGGUGAUCAUU